AUGCAUUGGAAGCGACCAGAAAACGUGCCCAAGGGACAAGUAUGGAGUAGAUUUGAAGGUAGGGAGAGGAAUGGAAACUCAGCAUGCGUCUACCAAAUACGGGAUAUGGACGAGAAGUGGAGGAAGCAAUGUUUGGACAUGAUGCAGAAGACAUUUCUUAAUGAUGAGCCUCUCUGUCAGAUAUUAGGGAUACAAGAUGAUCCACCGUCUAUAGAGACGAUCAGAUCGAACUGGGAAGCAAUAGCUGAUCAAGGUAUUUGCAUAGCUUGCUUCACUGAAGUGGAUGGACAACCUAAGGAUCUGGUUGGGUUCAAUAUCUUGGUUGUAAAAUCUAGGCAAGAUGAUGAAGAGGAUUUUGAUAGCAUAAAGGGUGAGCAGUGGAAGAAACUCUUACGCACGUUAAUCGCAGCAGAAGAGUUGGUAAACGUGUUCGAUCACUACGGUGUUGAGGAAUUUCUUACAUCGAGCGGCUUAACAGUCCUGCCUGAACACCGAGGCCAGAAUAUAGGAGCUAAAAUUAUUGGUGCUAGAGAACAAAUCUGCAAAGCAUUCAAUAUACACGCCGUUGCGACAGUUUUCACGGCUAUUACGUCGCAAGUUUUGGCUGCUAAGUGCGGCUAUGACGUUCUAGGAGAAUUACCAUACUGUAACAUGAGAGAGCACGUUCCCUGUCCCGGCGAGACAACUUUCUCGACGAGCGCAAAACUCGCCGGAAGACAAACUUGCGAGGGAAGUUAG